UGCGUCGGGUGCAACUUUAGCCGGCAAGAUGGCGGAGAGCGUGUAAAUUUUUUUUUAAAACAGGGUUGAAAAUUUGUGCAGCGCAGCUUUUUCACAGUUUGUUGAGUAAAACUGAGAAUGGUUGUGGCUCUCCUGAAAUUAGGAGCAACGUCGUCUGUAUAAAGGUGCCCCCUCCGAGAGCAGGAUGUCGACCGAGGUUCUGAGGCCUGAACCUGUUGCUGGGGGUAGCAGAAGUGGCGGUGGAAAGCUGGGAGUGCUGAUCAAUAAACUCCAUGAAUUUCUGGCGGUGUCUACAGAGCAAGGCAGCGAACACAGCCUGCCUGGACACUGGAGUGGUGCAAUGGCCCAGGAUUUCGUUGAGCAGCAGCAGCAGGCGGCAGCACAGGCUGCAAAAGAGCCCAGCAGCUCUUCAGAGACUAAGCCAGCCCCCGCACCGCGUUCCAAAAGGAAGCCGUUGGUGGUGACUAAGCACAGCGGGCUGAACGAGUCUGACGUUUCUUCUGAAAGCGAAACAGAGGAGGUCUUGUCCAUCAACUCCAGCGAGCCAGACACAACCUGCUUACCCAAAGGUACCGUUUUUGUGCUGCCGGAGCCUGUGGGUAAUGAAGUUCGUGAUGAGUUCCGUGGCCCAGAGUUCCGCAGUAAACGUGUCUACAAGCAGAACAGAGACGUUUCAGACAGACGCAAAGUCGGGUAUGACACGGAGAGAGUGAACUGUACAGCAUGCGGCCAGCAGGUGAACCAUUUCCUGAGAGACUCAGUCUAUCAGCACCCGGCCCUGAAAGUACUUAUCUGCAAGUCAUGUUUUAAGUACUACAUGAGUGAUGACAUCAGUAAAGACGCAGAGGGGAUGGAUGAACAGUGCAGGUGGUGUGCUGAGGGAGGCAGUCUGAUUGGCUGUGAUUACUGCAGUAAUGCUUUCUGUAAGAAGUGUGUCCUGCGGAAUUUGGGGAGGAGGGAGCUGUCGGCUAUUUUGGAGGAGGAGCGGAAGUGGUACUGUUACGUGUGUAGCCCAGAACCGCUCAUGGACCUUGUGUUGGCCUGUGACGCGGUUCUGCAGAACCUUGAGAAGAUCUGGGCCCGGAAACGAUCCAACGAACGAGGCAACUCCAUGGGCCGAGGCAUGGGGGGCGGAGGCCGCGGGAGGCCGAGAGGUGGGCGCAGUGGAAUGGGGGCGGUGCUUCCAGUGGGCAUGGCGCCCUCUCAGGGGCUCUGCCAGCGCAUGCAGCGAGUGGUGGAAAUGACGGCAUCGCUGAACCAGUCUUUCACGGCCUUCAUGCAGAGCGAAAAGGAUGAAGAGGCCAGUGAGGAAGAAGAUGUAGAGAGAGCCAGGAGGCUGAUGAUGUUUCGCACAAUACUGCGGGAUCUGCGCGAGGCCCAGGGCGAGCUGCAGAACGCACUAGAUCGAGAGUUGGGUGCGUCCAAACCAGCCGGCGCCGGGUCGAAGGCGAGAGGUCGACCGCGGAAGGGUGCAGCCACCAGGGGUGCGGGGAUCACUAAGGAGCUGGUGGUGAAACUGACGCCGGUACCAUUACGCCGCGCCCCUAAUGCUAACGCUAACUCUAAUGUUAGAGCUGCUACCGCCAUAACCAAGGCUGAAGCACAGGCCACACGGAGAGUGAAGGAGGAGAAGGUGAAAAGAGACGAGGUGGAGGUGCGAGAGAGGAUGGAUGGAGGGGUCGGGGUGAAAGAGGAGGUGAAAGUGGAAGAUGUCGAUGAAGAGACAGCCGAUGUAGUGUUGGUGGAGAAUUCCGAGGAUGAGGAGGAUGAAAGUGAAGAUUUGACGUUAGCAGAAGCAAACAAACGUUCUCCCCGCGUGAAGACGACGCCACGGCGACGACGCACGGACACGGACGUGGUCGCAACGCACUCUCACCUAGCGGAGGACUCUGAUUCCGAUGAAGUUCCUGCUGUGUUGCUGCAGACCACAGCUGGAGCAACCAGCGACGAGGAAGGUGCGGCUGACAGCGAUGGAGCGAACCAGGAAGUUCGGAAAAAGUGUCUCUUCGGUUUGGUGAAAACUACGCCACCUUGCCAAGACAGGAACUCACGAAAACGUAAACUAAAAGAGAGAUCGUCAUCGUCUUCAUCGUCGUCCUCCUCCUCAACUUCUGCUUCGAGCGGUUCGGGAUCAAAGGUCAGGAGGCCUGUGGUUCACCCGCACAAGGUCCCUAAGACAACGGCCGAUAGCGAGAGUUUGUCGAGUGAUCUUGGGGGACAGGAAAUCGAGAGUGGGCGGAGCAGUGACUCGGAGUAUCAGGACCAGAAGAUUAAACCCUUGAGUGACGUCACGCUGCUGGCGUCCGGAACAUUCCACCAGCAGUCCUCUGGAGAUGAAAUGGAAGCCCAGCCCAGUCCGUCUCUGGUCCUGGAGGAGGAUGAUGUUGAGAAUAGGCCGCAACCUGACGGUUCUGGAAGUGCAGUAUUGUCGGUCAGACAUUUCAAGGGCUGUUUGGUUUGCUAACGGUAGGUGCGCUAUAUAAAACAAACAAUAAAAACAAGCUAUAUAGAUCGGUCUUGCGGCGUUAAGUGUCAUAUUGGGAGACAAACGUGUCAGUAUUUUUACCGAGGCAGUUUACAUCGCUAAAUGCGUUUACAAGUUGCGAUCAGAGAAGGUAGUGUAUAUUUUGUAUGUAUGUAGCAAGAGGGAGAGAGUUUGGGAGGGGGCCGGCAUUUAUAGAUGGAGAUUUUAGAAUUACUUAGUUUGAUUAUUUUACGAAAUUUGUUCUUAUUACUAUUCGUAUUUAUGGUAUUAUUGGACAAGAUUGUGUUCGGCUAAAAGAAGAAGAAGGGUUUUGUUUUUGGCAACCCUUGCACUCAAUACGAUGCAAAGGCACACUCUUGAAUUUGUAGCAGGGUUUUCACAAUACGUCAUCCUUUGUUUUGUUUAUAUAUUUAAUUGUUGGAACUGUGACAGUUCGGUGUGUUUAUGGUGGGACAACAUUAGCCAAAAAAACGUGCAAUGGGAGAAUCGUGUGUCCAGAUUCAGAAAAUAGCAUUAGCCAUUAAACAGUUAUUGUUAUAAUGGACUGAGGGGGCUGCACAAACAAAACUAUGGAGACAUUAUGUACAAGAAACAUCAAAAUAACUGUGUUACGUGUCCAGUUUCUAGUGUGCCUCCUUAAAUAGGAUGACCAAAGUGGCUUACGUUAAAGUUGUAGUGCCUGUGAUAAAAACAUCAGUGCUUAGAAGUUUGUGUUUGUAAUGAUGUGGUGUUUUUUUAUAUAAUGUAAAGAUUGAUACAGUAAUGACGAUCAGUGACUGUAUGAUUUUGUAGCUUAUCGGCCUGCGUCUCUCACUGGUUAGGAGCGCUGUGGGUGAAGUGUUUGCAGAAAGAAUGAAAAACAAUACCUGUGGUGUUUCAAGACUGAUUGGAAUCGCAUGUUAGAAGUAGAACACCAUUUUCUACAGUCUGCCUGUGUGAUCUAUAUACUGUCAAGACACCUUUUUUUUCUUAAGUUAGAAAUAAUCUAGCCGUGCUCCGCCCACAGACGUCAUCUUUUUUGCUAGUGUUGCCAGGUUAGAUGAGUCUUACAAAAUGCUGGUAAAAAUCAAAUUCAACCGUAGAGCUUCACAUUGGGCUGCUACAGUGUUGAGUUCCAGUAUAAAAACUGUGCUACUAAGCUGGACUGUUGUAGCCAAAUUAGACAGGUUGGAAUUGAAUGUGAUGGCAUGCCAAAAAAGUGCUACACAAUCUCAAGAACCUUUCACAUGCAAACGAAAGAAAUAUAAUUUGAGAAAUUUCUGAUUUUCCUCGUCACACAUACCAUAUAUCCUGAUUACAGCAGCUAAAAACAAUAUGCUACCUCGAAUUAUAUCAGUUAAAUCAAGCUACAAUAGCUAGCAGUGUAGGCUGCAGUGUUAACUUGGCAAGCUAGCAACGGUUAAAAUGGCUAAAGAUGGAAAUCUUCUGCCAAGCCUGUCCGAUGAUGAACUAUAAUCGUUUUAACGUAACAGUGAACAUUUUCACAUGCACACAAAAUAAAUAUAAGUAUUCUGACACAUACUUAAAUGUAUUUUAGCAGUUUUUUGUGACUUAUACUGAGAUUACUACAAAAAAUGCAGAGCACAACGGUUAUACUGUCUCAAGCUACCUUACCUUAAAACGGCGGAUGCUGGUCUUUCUGCUCAGCCUGUUAAUUUGCUGUUUAUCUCCUAAGGCUUUAAAUACACAGUCAAAAACAGACUAUAAUCGAUCCAUCCCAACAGUGCAACUUUUCUCACACACAAAAAAUAAAUAUUGUAUUUUGUCAAAAAUUGAUGUGCUACAGUUUCUCAGUUUCCUAAUUUCUGAAGCUUCCCCAGUGUAUUUUAGCAGUUUUUGUAAUUUUAUACUGAUAUUACCACAAAAAUUGCGAAGCACCACAGUAUACUGUCUCAAACUACCUCAGUGAAACCAUGCUACACUAGCUAGCAGCGUAGGCCGCAACGUCAGCUUAACCAGCUAGCAGUGUUAGAAACAGCCGAAGCUGGAAAUAUUUAUGCUAAGCCUGUAAUUUAAUGCUUAUAUCCUAAAGCUUUGAUUGCAUGACCAAAAACGAACUAUACCUGAACAGUGUGAUCUUUCACAAGCAUACAAAAAUAAGCAUAAUUUGACACUAAUAACUUCAGCAUUUUGACAAACUUUCUCACAAUGUUUUACCUGUUGUAUUUGCCAUUUGACUGAUAUUACAGCAAAAAAAGGCAACUCAUUGCAAGCUGGCAGCUGUUUAUCGCUUAAAACUUUGAUUACAGAAACAAACUACAGUCCAUCUGUCUUAAAGACUGAUUUAUACUUCUACAAAGAUGCAUGCGAGCUGUCUGCCUUAGAAAAGGGGUUCAUGGGUAAGCAUAAGGCUCAUAAAGUCCUAAAUAUGAAGCGAAUAUUGAUUGGCUCUCUGGUAGCAUUCGUGGUAAGACGAGACACUUGACACAAACCAGAACUGAACCAAAAGGAGCAGUUUGAGGAUCGGCUGGUGGGAGAAGUGCGACAUUAUAAACAUUUACACCGCCCGUCUUCAAAACAGUGAGGAUUCGAGUGUGUUGGCAGGCAUUGCAUGACACCUACAUAUGCAGAAGUAUGAAUCAGACUUCUCACAAACACAAAAUAAAUAUUAUUUAAAAAAAAAUGACACUCUGAAUUCAGACAUUUGGACAACAACGGAGUGUUACAGGUUCUGAUUAGGAUAAAUGGGUUUUACCAGCGUUCUGCGAAGCCUGUCCGACCUACUAACAGCAAAUGAUUGCGUAAGUGGGUGGAGCAUGGGUCAGUCGGCUGAGAAUUCAUAAUUUUAUAUCCUUUUUUGGGGUGGGAGGUGCUUUUAUCCACUUGCUGUCUUUCAGCCUUUCAGGGCCGACAUUUUCGUUAGAACGUUGCAAACUGUUCUCAUGUUGGCGGUUUGCUGACGGUGUUUGUACUUCAGUUGGGAGGGUUUCUGUUUGAAGUGAGCAGAGCCAGAGGCUGUGUGGGGUAAAUGGAAAGCUUGAGGAAGAGUGUGAAUGUUUUUCUUUUUCUUCUCUCCCGUGUUUUUCUUUGUUUCUGCAGCAUAGGGUGAGGUGAGCCGCUUUUCCAGGUUGCCCAGCCCAGCUAUUCACACCUGCUCUCCUCCUUUUUCUCCCUCUUCUUUCUUCCCUUCUGCUCUGUCAUUCUCUUUGUGCUAUCUUAACAUUUUCUUUAUUCCGUGCUCUUGUGAUCUUUCUUUCUAACCCUCCAUUGCUCUGUUUCUCUGGCUGUCUCUUUCUUUUCCUCUCUGUUCUCUUUUCACUGGACCCUUCCUCGCUUCCGUAGUUGGACCACAACCUUCGUGUCAGGAAAAGAGAAACAAACAAAAACAAAUUCCAAAAUGACUGCAUGCUAAUGUCACUUUUUCUAUUAUUUAUUACGUUUUUUUUCCUUCUCAUUUCAGUUCUCACACAUUUAAACUUGUAAAGAAAUUUCCUUUUUAAGUUUUAAAAACUGCAUGCAGAAGAAAUGGAUCAAGAAUAAACCGAAUUGUAAGUACCAGUGUAUGUAAGCGCCGUUGUAAUAAAUAAAUUUACCCCACACUA